AUGAAUAAUGAUGACGUGGAAAAUAGCUACAAGGGAGAAGAACAACCUUCAAGGAAUAUGAUAGAAGAAAAGACAUUGGAAAGCUCAGAAGAACGACGCAGUGAUGAAGCUAAAGCACAUGGUUGGUCGUUAUUGCCAAAGAAAACAUACGAUUCAAUAAAAGAGAACAAGCCUGAAUCCGAUUGGAGAGAAAUAGACGAUGACACAAUACUGCAACAGAGGCCUAGAGGAAACACAGUGCUGCAUAUAGCAGCUCUCUACGGAAAUGAUAAGUGUGUGGAGAGAAUAGUUGAAAUCGGUCCAGGCCUUUUGAGAGCAGAAAAUGGUAAUGAUGAUACAGCACUGCAUGUUGCUGCAAGAGCUGGCAACAUCUCUACUCUUAAGAAUUUGUUGGAUGCACUUUUCCGUCAUUUAAAUCCAAAUUCUGAAGAAGCAAAAGAGGUAAUCUUUGUAACUAACAGGCAGAAAAAUACUUUCUUUCAUGAGGCCUUACAGAAUGGUCACAAAGAUGUAAUGAAGAUUUUAGAUUCUUCACAAGACUUCAAGAAACUGGUUGAGGAAACUCUUUUUGUUAGUACAAACAAUAACGACAAAUCAGUUUUGCGCUUAGCGAUUGAGAAAGGUUACGAGGACAUUGUAGAUGAUAUAUUGACCAGAAUAAUUCCAAGUAAUGAAGAGAAAUAUUCACUCCUGGUAAAAGCCAACACAGAACCAAUAUCGAACCAUGUAGAAUUCUCCUAUCCUGAUGGCGGUCCUGUUGGUACCUACCCCCAGUUUGGACUCGAAGAGCUUGGAGCAAGUGAUUCAGGAGCAAGAAAGAAAGGAGAGCAACAAUAUAAAUCCGAAGGGCGCAUGGCAUUUAUGGAUAUGGAAAUGGAAAAAAUAGGUAGAAGCAUGCGAACAUUUUCAAAAAAUGAAGGCGCCCGAUCACCAGCCAUUGUGGCAAUCUUAAGAGAGAAUAAAGGUAUUAUAGAGAAAAUAGCAAACAGAAAGAAAGAAUGGAUUCAUGUAAAGGAUGACAGAGGAAGAAAUGCUCUUCACUAUGCAGCUUCCAAAGGUUACCUAAAUGGUGUUGAGUGUUUGCUUCAAAAGUGUGAUACCUGCAAUAUGGAAACAGACAGAGAUGGCUUUUAUCCUCUUCAUCUGGCUUCUGCAUGUGGACAUAUUCAAGUGGUAAAGAAAUUGCUUGAAAAUUGUCCCAAUCCCAGAGAAAUAAUUGAUAACAAAGGCCGAAAUAUUGUUCACAUUGCAGCUAUAAUGGGACAGUUUGAUGUGGUAAGGUAUGCCUUGCACAAUGCAAAUGACGUAAUUAAAGAUAUGAUAAAUGGCAAGGAUUACGAUGGAAACACUCCUUUGCAUUUGGCUGCCUCACAUUACCGUCCAAAAAUUGUGCAAGCCUUGACAUGGAACACAAGUGUGGAUCUCAAUUGGCUUAACAACAACAACCAAACACCUCUCGAUGCUUUUGAACAAUUUAAACAACAAGAUAAUCCACCUAUCGUACAGCGGCUAACAUGGUGUCAACUAAAAUCUUCUGGUGUACAAAAUGCUGAAAGAGGGUCACACUCUAUUCAGGUCCCUUUUUCCCCUUUGAAACCAAAAGCCGAAAACAUAGAGUUUUAUAAAGACAGAAUCAACACUCUUAUGGUUGUUUCCACCCUUAUAACUACAAUAGCAUUUGCUGGAGGUAUUACUUUGCCUGGUGGAACUAAUAGUUCUACUCCAGGAGAAGGCAUGGCUCUUAUGCUAAAUCAAGUGUGGUUUAAACCAUAUAUUUUAUGCACCACAAUAUCUAUGUAUGGUGGCAUUAGUGUCACUAUUAUACUCAUUUGGGCUCAACUGGGAGAUGUAACUUUGGCUCUUUUUGCCCUUAAAGUGGCAAGACCCCUUUUAGGAAUCACUCUUGCAACCCUAUCAGUGGCAUUCUUGGCUGGUGUCCACCUUGUUAUAAGCGAUCUCAGUUUGUUGGCCACUACUGUUCUGAUUUUGUGUGUGGUCUUCAUUAUCCUGCUUUUGUUACUGUACACUCUUCUUUGGUUUCCCUCAGAAUCAAGCAACCUAAUAAUGCGAUACAUUUCUUUCUAUCCUUUCCAGUUUCUAACAUGGUUAACUGAAAAAGAUUCAAUUGAAGGUAUGUAAUUUCAGAUACACACUCCUGAAGUCUAUGCACUUUAUGACUUUCUUUUCUUUUUUAUCCUCUUUGAGAUGGAACUU